AAGGCGAGACUAUAAACGGCGCAGCCCGCUGAGGGAAACUCGUCCCUCCUUUUUUUUUUCUUCCCUUAGCUUGCUGCCCUCAGCGAGCCCUGCCGGUAGGGGACCAUGCAGAGGUCCCCUCUGGAAAAGGCGAACGUUUUCUCCCAGCUCUUUUUCAGAUGGACAAAGCCUAUUUUGAAAAAGGGCUAUAGACAACGCCUAGAAUUAUCAGACAUUUAUCAAAUCCCUGCUGCAGAUUCUGCUGAUAAUCUGUCUGAGAAAUUAGAAAGAGAAUGGGAUAGAGAAUUGGCUUCAAAGAAAAACCCCAAACUCAUCAAUGCACUUAGACGGUGUUUCUUCUGGAAAUUUAUGUUGUAUGGAAUUAUACUAUAUUUAGGGGAAGUUACUAAAUCCGUGCAGCCUCUUUUACUGGGAAGAAUAAUUGCUUCUUAUGAUUCUGCUAAUACACAAGAACGAUCAAUAGCUUACUAUUUAGCCAUAGGACUCUGUCUUCUCUUCAUUGUACGAAUGUUACUUCUCCACCCAGCAAUAUUUGGUCUUCAUCACAUUGGAAUGCAAAUAAGGAUAGCCAUGUUUAGUUUAAUUUAUAAAAAGACUUUAAAACUGUCAAGCAGAGUCCUAGAUAACAUAAGUACUGGACAACUUGUUAGCCUCCUUUCAAACAACCUGAACAAAUUUGAUGAAGGUCUGGCUUUGGCUCAUUUUGUAUGGAUUGCACCUUUACAAGUUGUGUUGCUGAUGGGGCUUCUCUGGGAGAUGUUGCAGGCAUCAGCAUUUUGUGGGCUUGGAUUCUUGAUUCUUGUUGUCUUUUUCCAAGCCUGGCUAGGACGAAUGAUGAUGAAAUACAGAGAUCAGCGAGCAGGAAAGAUCAACGAAAGACUUGUAAUUACCUCAGAAAUGAUAGAGAAUAUACAAUCAGUAAAGGCUUAUUGUUGGGAAGAUGCAAUGGAAAAUAUGAUUGAAAGUCUGCGACAAAGUGAACUGAAGCUGACUCAAAAAGCUGCAUAUGUGAGAUACUUCAAUAGUUCGGCUUUCUUCUUCUCUGGUUUUUUUGUGGUAUUUUUGGCUGUCCUUCCAUAUGCACUGAUCCAUGGAAUUUUCCUUAGAAAAAUAUUUACUACCAUAUCAUACUGCAUUGUUCUUCGUAUGACAGUCACUAGACAGUUCCCUUGGGCAGUGCAGACAUGGUAUGAUUCUCUUGGAGCAAUAAACAAGAUACAGGAUUUUUUGCAAAAAGACGAAUACAAAACACUGGAAUAUAAUUUAACAACCACGGGCCUUGAACUGGAUAAAAUAACAGCUUUUUGGGAUGAGGGAAGUGGAGAGAUCUUCACAAAAACAAAACAGGAACAUGGUAAUAAUAAGAUACCAUCAACAAAUGAUGGUCUCUUCUUCAGUAAUUUCACUUUUCAUUUUACUCCUGUCCUUAAAGACAUCAAUUUCAAGAUUGAAAAAGGAAAACUACUUGCUGUUGCUGGAUCUACUGGAGCAGGCAAGACUUCUCUUCUAAUGCUGAUCAUGGGAGAGUUGGAACCUUUAGAAGGUAAAAUCAAACACAGUGGAAGAAUUUCCUUUUGUCCUCAAGUGUCAUGGAUUAUGCCUGGAACAAUUAAAGAAAACAUAAUAUUUGGUGUUUCUUAUGAUGAAUAUCGAUAUAAAAGUGUCAUCAAAGCCUGUCAGUUAGAAGAGGAUAUUUCAAAGUUUCCAGAGAAAGAUGACACAGUUUUAGGAGAAGGUGGAAUAACUCUCAGUGGAGGUCAACGAGCCAGAAUUUCUUUAGCUAGAGCAGUGUAUAAAGAUGCCGAUUUGUACCUUUUGGAUUCUCCUUUUGGUUAUUUAGACAUGUUAACAGAGAAAGAGAUAUUUAAAAGUUGCAUUUGCAAGCUUAUUGUGAAUAAAACUAGAAUACUUGUCACUUCAAAGUUGGAACACUUAAAGAUAGCAGACAAGAUAUUGAUUCUCCAUGGAGGAUGCUGUUAUUUCUAUGGAACAUUUUCUGAGCUUCAGGGUCAGCGACCCAACUUCAGUUCUGAGCUGAUGGGAUGGGAUGCUUUUGACCAUUACAGUCCAGAAAGAAGAAACUCCAUUCUUACUGAAACACUGCGGCGUCUCUCUGUUGAUAAUGAUGGCAUGACUUCACGAAAUGACAUGAAAAAAGCAUCUUUUAAACAAACAUCAGAUUUUCCUGAGAAAAGGAAGAACUCUGUAAUGAAUGCACUAAAUUCUAGCCGCAAAUUUUCUCUCAUGCGAAAAACAUCACUUCACGUCAAUGGUAAGGAAGAAGGUCUUGGAGAACCAGCAGAAAGAAAGUUGUCUUUAGUACCAGAGUCUGAACAAGGGGAGGCAAUUCUGCCUCGCAGCAAUGUAUUAAAUUCAGGGCCCACAUUCAGAGGGCAGAGAAGACAAUCUGUACUUAAUUUAAUGACCAGAACAUCAAUUCAUCCAAGUCAAAGCAUUUACAGAAAAAGCAGCACAUCAGUGUUUCAGCGAUCUUCUGAAGCAGACAUCUAUGCAAGGCGUUUGUCUCGGGACAGUCUGGUAGAAAUAACUGAAGAACUUAAUGAAGAUGAUUUAAAGGAAUGUUUCUUUGAUGAUUCAGAGGCCAUGAAUGCAGUCACUUCAUGGAAUACAUACUUCAGAUAUAUAACCAUCCACAAAAAAAUGAUUUUUGUAUUAUUUAUAUGUCUUAUUAUUUUUUUAAUUGAGGUGGCUGCUUCCCUGAUUGGGCUAUACUAUAUCACUAGAUGUGUUGUUUCAAAUGAAACAGAGUCAACAAAAAACAAUACCUUGGAUGGACUGAGGAACAGUACAGUUAUUAUUACUAAGACUAGCAGCUUUUAUAUCUUCUACAUUUAUGUGGGGGUGGCAGAUACCUUGCUAGCCAUGGGGGUCUUUAGAGGCCUACCCCUAGUACAUACUCUUAUAACAAUUUCCAAGACUCUUCAUCACAAGAUGCUUCAUGCAUUACUUCAAGCUCCUAUGUCUUCCCUCAACAAACUCAAAGCAGGUGGAAUACUUAACAGGUUUUCAAAGGAUAUAGCAAUCCUGGAUGACUUAUUGCCACUUGCAAUAUUUGACUUCAUUCAGUUAAUGCUCAUUGUGAUUGGUGCUAUAAUAGUAGUCUCUUUCACGGAACCCUAUAUCUUCCUGGCAUCUGUGCCUGUGAUAGGAGCCUUCGUUAUGUUAAGAGCAUACUUCCUGCACACAUCUCAACAGCUAAAACAACUGGAGUCUGAAGCUAGAAGUCCAAUUUUCACACAUCUUAUUACCAGCUUAAAGGGACUCUGGACAUUGAGAGCUUAUGGACGGCAACCAUAUUUUGAAACAUUAUUCCAUAAAGCUCUAAAUUUGCAUACAGCGAACUGGUUCCUCUAUCUAUCUACGUUACGUUGGUUUCAGAUGAGAAUAGAAAUGAUUUUUGUAAUCUUCUUCAUCAUUGUGACCUUUGUUUCUAUUGCUACUACAGGUAACGGGGAAGGAAAAGUUGGCAUUAUUCUUACAUUAGCCAUGAACAUUAUGGGAACAUUGCAAUGGGCUGUGAACACAAGCAUUGAUGUAGACAGCUUGAUGCGGUCAGUGAGUAGAGUAUUUAAAUUCAUUGAUCUGCCAACAGAAGAAUCCAAACCUUUACCCGCAUCAAAAAAUAAAGAGCUUUCUCAUGCUGUCAUCAUUGGGAAUAUGCAUGUAAAGGAAGAAAACAUCUGGCCAUCUGGUGGGCAGAUGACAGUGAAGAAUCUUACUGCUAAAUAUGUAGAUGGAGGAUUGGCAGUGUUAGAAAAUAUUUCCUUUUCAAUAGAUUCAGGACAAAGGGUGGGCCUUCUAGGAAGAACUGGCUCAGGAAAAAGUACUUUGCUCUUUGCUUUUUUAAGAAUCUUGAAUACAGAAGGAGAUAUCCAAAUUGAUGGUGUUUCCUGGAACACGGUCCCUGUACAGCAGUGGAGAAAAGCAUUUGGAGUAAUCCCACAGAAAGUGUUUAUAUUCUCUGGAUCAUUUAGAAAAAACUUGGAUCCUUAUGGACAAUGGACUGAUGAAGAACUAUGGAAUGUUACUGAAGAGGUUGGACUGAAAUCUGUAAUAGAGCAAUUCCCAGGUCAACUUGAUUUUGUUCUUAUUGAUGGUGGCUAUGUCCUCAGCCAUGGACAUAAGCAGUUGAUGUGUCUUGCCAGAUCAAUUCUCAGCAAAGCUAAAAUUCUUCUUCUUGAUGAACCAAGUGCUCAUCUUGAUCAAAAGACCUUCCAAGUCAUCAAAAAGACGCUCAAGCAAGCAUUUGCAAACUGUACAGUGAUUUUAUCGGAACAUAGAUUAGAAGCUCUGCUAGAAUGCCAGCAAUACUUGGUCAUAGAAGAAAAUAAAGUCAGGCAAUAUAAAUCAAUACAGAAGCUCCUGAGUGAAAAGAAUUCUUUCCGUCAAGCUAUCAGCUCUUGCGAUGGAGCCAAGCUCUCCCAAAUAUAUCCUAGGAACUCAAGCAAGCGAAGGUCAAGGCCUAAAAUCAGUGCUUUGCCAGAGGAAACAGAGGAAGAAGUUCAAGAAACGCGGCUGUGAAGAUGCCUCAAGAUGCUGUUGCAUAUAGCUUCCUAGAAUUGUUCUCAGGCAAAUACCAGAAGAGAAAGAACACCGCUAAAAAUGCCGGAACAAGAACAGAUUUAGGAAUCUAAAUGAAUGAAUGUAUAAUCCGUCUGCAUAAAACGCUUCAAAAUGCAAGGGUCAAAUUAGUUAUAAAGAACAUGUAUGUGAGAUCUGAUCCCAAAGAAUUUUUUUCAUAAAAUAUCUUCUUUUUACAGACAUGGGAUGAUCAGGAUGAUAAUCAAGUUUUAAGUUAUAAAUUGAAUUUUACAUAUAUCACAGUACAUAUUUUACAGUAUGUGAAUAUCAUACAAAACAAUUAUAGUUUGUACUUUUUGUAUUUUAAGCUACAGUAAAUCCAUAAGCAAGUCUGAUUUUAAAGGGCUGUGUUUUUUUUUCAGACAACAGACCAGGGACAAAGCAUAUAUCUUUUGAGAUCAUUGGAAAAGAGGUCAUGAACUGUAUUUAUUGCUGUGCAAAUUAUAGAUAUGUCAGCCAAAAUGAACAUUUAUGUACUGGAUUAACAUAAAUUGCCAGUUCUUAGUUUUUUACAAAAUUGGGCAUUUAAAUCUUCAAAAGAACACAUGAGAACAUAAAUUUAAUUAGGGAUUUUAAAAUUAUUUUUCCUAUGUGUGAAAAGGACAUGGGAAAAAUGUGAUUGAAAUGUAUACUGUUUUUGUAAUGCAAAUGCAUGAAAGCUGCAUAACUUAAAAAAAAAAAGAUUACACCUAUUCGUGUGAUAGACAUUAUAUUUAAUUUCAAAUAUAUUAUCUGUUAUAGUAGCCAAGAAAAUAUGAAUUAAAAAGUAGGAAGCGGAAUUAAUUAAUUGCAUUUUUCUUGCUCCGAAAUAAUUCAACUUUGUUGGUAACAUUUGUUGGUCCGUUUUGUUUGUCAGAUUAAUCUCUUCCUAUAUGAGGCGAAAGACACCAAAUUGUGCUGUGUACUCCUGUGUGCUAGACUGUUCCUGUGAGAUACAGUAGCUGAUGUUUCAUAAUGUAAAAGAAAGGGUUAAUCUACUGCUAAUCUACUUCUCUAUUGUAUAUGGAUCAGGAGAAUUUAGCAUUUUAUUUUUUUUAUAGCCAGCAAAAUGAGUCUGAGCAUUGUUUUCAUUUUUUUAAAAUUUAACAUUGUUUUUAAUUUUUAGAAUUUGUAAUUUUUUUAGUGAAAAGAAGAAAAAAAUAUUUGACUUUUGUGAACUUUUAUACCGUACUAUUUUAUAGUGAACUGAAAUUUCUCUAGCAUAUUUAUUUCAUAACUUCAUUAAAAUUACUGUGGCGGUCCUUUAAUGAGAAUGUUCUUCUAUUUUGAAAAUAAAACGUAUAACAAAUUGUAUUUGAAUUUAAAGGGCCAUCACAGUUGUUUUUAUUUUAAACUUUUAUACAAUUUAGAGAAAAAAUUUGUAAUGAAGAUCCUAGCUAGCUACUAACUGCUGCAUUACAUAUUUGGCUUAUUUUUGUUCUCUUGUUUUGAUGUGCAAUAAUGACAUUGAUCCUGAUCAAUGAAGUUGUGUAAUGCAAUAUCUUGAGACCAAUUUUUUUCCCCUUAUUUCUGCAGUGAGUUUAGCCGUAGUCUUGAUUUGGUAGCCAGGGUUCAGAUUAAAUCAGCAAUGUCACAGUAUCCUGGUGCUAUUUUCUAUAUCUUUUUAAGUAAUCAGUAGCAUUUUAUUUGGUCCAAAGGCCUACCAGCAAUUAUCACAAUGACUUCAGAAUUGGUGUUUCUCUGCUGAUCCGUUUUGUAACAUUCUGUCCGUCCUAUUCUGUACAACCUGCAGCUUCUGAGGUAGAUGCACAUAGAGUGCAUUGCAAUAUCAAGUGGGUAUGAUUGACUGUUGUCAGGGCAUCUUAUUCCAGAAACAUCUAUCUAUAACUGUCACACAGUUGCCAGAGCUGCACAAAAGCUCUCCUGGGCUGGAUUCCCAACUGUUCCUUUAAAACAAGGGCUGUCCAACUUGUGGCCCGUGGGCUGGAUGCUUCACGUUCUGGCCACACCCAUGCCCAGUUUAGCGAUGGGGGGAAAAGUAACGAUACGUCACAUAAUGAUACCGUGACGACACGAAUUUGACACCUGCUUUAGAAGAACCUUAAAAUUCUAGAAAAUAAGCAAUAAAUUAUUGCUUCAUUGCUUAGCUUGUUGACUUCCUAGGAACAUCUGAUUGGUCAUUCUAGUAAAAAGAAAUUAGUCCCAAUAAAUAUGUAAGCGGUCAACUAUUUUAAGUAUUUGAGUCCCACCCAUUCAGUGUAUGUUUUAAAGAUGAUUAGA